CCGUCACAGCAUAUGCAUCAAUCUAUCAACCCCAACUGGCCUACGCUUACUGUAAUCAUCCUUGGGAUCAUCUCGACAUGAGAUUUCUACGAUCCUCCACGUUGAUCGGCCGUCUCAUCACUUGGUGAAACACACAAAUGCCUUGACUAUUUGAUUUGAGAUUUCCUUGAGAGUGCAAAAUAUUUUAUGCACUGUUUUCUUGCGUAGAUUGGAAAAGAAGGCCUAUAGAUGUGAUUGAGAUGAAAUCUACGGCUUUCUACUUCGUCUUCCUCCUCCUCCUCCACUACGCAGUGAGGGUGGGGUCCACUCCGCCGAGUUAGUUCCAUUAAGGCCGCCCGAAUUUGUCGCCUCCUUCUCUGCCUUCGACAGCUCCCUACUCUCCUCGCGUGCUGCUUUCUACCUCCUCUCUCUCUGCUUUUUGUAUCCGCGCCUCGUCUUCCUUUGCCAUUGAUAGUUUCCCCGGGAUUAGCGGGAUCGAUGACAGGAAGAAGCGAAAGAGGGUACCGGGAAGAAGCGUAGUCGGUGCCGGGAGAGGGAGGAGCCCGUGUCAUGAGAAAAGGAGAGAGCUUUCUUUGGCUUUGAUGCUAUUUCGUCUCUGCUUCUUGAUCUUACCCGCCCGCUGAGCACGGUUUCGCCAUGGCUGGAAGCAACGAGAUUAACGCCAACGAGUCAAAGAUGGUGGUUCCGCUCAACACAUGGGUCCUCAUCUCCAACUUCAAGCUGGCCUACAACAUGCUGCGCCGCCCGGACGGCACGUUCGACCGCCACCUCGCCGAGUUCCUCGACCGCAAGGUUCCCGCCAAUGUCGCUCCCGUCAAUGGCGUCGUCUCGUUCGACGUCCUCAUCGACCGCCCCACCAGCCUUCUCGCCCGAAUCUACCGCCCUGCCACCGCCUCCGCUGCCGUCGCGCUCCUCCCCGACCUGUGCCGGCCGCCCUCGCCCGACCCCUUCCCCGUCAUCAUCUUCUUCCACGGCGGCAGCUUCGCCCACUCCUCAUCCAACAGCGCCAUCUACGACUCACUUUGCCGCCGGUUCGUAUCCCUCUGCGGCGCCGUCGUUGUGUCCGUCAAUUACCGCCGAGCACCCGAGCACAAGUACCCCUGCGCCUACGACGACGGAUGGGCUGCGCUCCGGUGGGCGUCGGGCGAGCCAUGGCUUCGCAGCGGAAAGGACGCCAAGCUCCGGGUGUUCCUCGCGGGGGACAGCUCGGGGGGGAACAUCGCGCACCACGUGGCCGUCAGGGCAGCGAAGUCCGGAGUCGAAGUCUCCGGCAACGUGCUCCUCAACCCGAUGUUCGGCGGCAACCGCCGGACGGAGUCGGAGAAGAGGUUGGACAGGAAGUACUUCGUGACCAUCGAGGACAGGGACUGGUAUUGGAAGGCGUACCUGCCCGAGGGAGCGAACAGGGAUCACCCGGCCAGCAACCCCUUGGGUCCCAACGGCGCGAAGCUUGAAGGGCUGCCCUUCACGAGAAGCCUCGUGGUGGUGGCAGGACUGGAUCUGGUUCAGGACUGGCAACUGGCGUACGCGCAGGGGUUGAAGAAGGCCGGCCACUCCGUGAAGCUCGUCUACCGUGAACAGGCCACGAUCGGGUUCUACUUGUUGCCCAACACCGACCAUUUCUACCAAGUCAUGGAUGAGAUACACGACUUCGUCGGCUCUAACUUGUAGUAGCAACUGUUCUAUUGGACUCUGAAUCAUGGGCGUGUGUGACUCGGUAGCCUGAGCUCGUGGUAGAUGACCUCCUCAUGGAAAGAAGGAUGUUUCUUCAGAUGAACAUUGCUUACUGUGGCAAAGGGAGAGACACGAGCUGGAUCACUGCUUGGUUAGUGUUGGCAGUAAUUAUGAGAAGAAUCGAAGGCCAUUUCAACUAUAUGAUUGAUUGCAUGUAUUAUAAGUACUUUUCCACCGCUAGGUAAUUAAUUGAAGACCCAACAAGUGUCUCUGUCUC